UGGCUGAGGAAAGGAGGAGUUUUGCUCCUGCGGUCGUGCUUUUAGGAGAGCGAGCCGAUCGUAUUUCACUCUAAUCCUAAGCGAUAGCCACGCAGCCUCGUCUGCUGUUAGGAGAGCCUUACCGGAGCUCCCCGGCCGGGCUUGUCCUCCAGGGAGAGCGGGGCAGCCGGAAUUAGGAGUCGGGAGCGUGGUGGGUCUGUGAGCCCUCCCGAGCCGAGCCGUGCUCCGGUGGGAUCCCCGCCUGCCCGCCCGUGGGCUGUUUCCGACGCACCGGGGCCGGGGGCUGGAUCGUGCCUGGUCCUCUGAGCGAUGCCAGGGAGAAGAGCGGAGCUGCAGUUUGCGCUGUUGAGUGGAGAAUGGGGAAAACACGUGCCUCGGUGCUAUAUUCUGCUCCGCCGUUACACGCUUGCCUGAGCCGCUGCAAGGUGCCACUUUCUGCUGCUUUUCUCCCCUUUGUUUUCUUUGGCAGCUCACAAAGCGCCCUAUCAAAGCAGCUUCAGGGGAGCUGCGCUGGCACGGCGACCUACCUCCGGACUGGUGCUGGUCUCAACGCGGCGAGGAGAAACCUGGACGGAAGUCGCUUUGAAAUUGUUUAGCCUCCCACGAAAACCACGGGGAGAGGGGACGGGAACAGUUUCAGAAAGACCGGGUUGGAGCUGAGGCCAGUAGCGGGCUUGAAAGAAAAUGAAAAAGGAGUGUGUUUCCAGAUCUUUCAAACUCAAACAAAACACAGGCUCCCUCUCGCGUGCCGUAAGCUGGAUAAAUUUCUCCUCCUUGUCAAGGCAGACAAAGAGAUUGUUUCGCAGCGAUGGUGAGCUCUCCUCCAUGUGCGUGCAGCAGGUAGACGAGGAUGACGAGAACUGGACCUACAGAAGCCAGCACAGAAAAGCUGUUUCCAACUUAGAUGAAGAGAGCAGAUGGACUGUCCAUUACACUGCUCCGUGGCACCAGCAGGAAAAUGUGUUCCUGCCUUCCUCAAGACCACCUUGUGUGGAGGACCUGCACCGACAAGCCAAGCUGAACCUCAAGUCAGUACUGAGAGAGUGUGACAAGCUGCGGAGGGAUGGCUACCGGAGCUCUCAGUAUUACUCUCAGGGCCCCACCUUUUCCUCAUCCUCCAGUGCAAUCUGUGGAAAUUACCAGGAUGAUUAUGAAGAAAUUGAACAAAAGUGUUCCCUCUCUUCCCCAGAAGAAGAAAAGCUUAUUACCAUCAAAAGGCCUAAAACCCCAGUUUCAAAUGAGUUAUCAGAUAUCAACACCCAAACCAACUGGACUAAGUCCCUGCCACUGCCAACGCCAGAAGAGAAGAUGCGACAGCAAGCACAGGCAGUCCAAACAGAUGUGGUUCCUAUUAAUGUGACUGGGGAGAAUUUCGACCGCCAAGCCAGCAUUCGGCGGUCUCUAAUUUACACAGACACGGUGGUAAGACGGCCGAAGAAAGUCAAAAGGAGAAAGACUAUAACAGGAAUCCCUGACAACAUACAAAAGGAGCUAGCAGUUGGCACUGGCCAAAGCGAUUUCCGAGGGCAUUCGAUGUAUGUCCCAGACCACUGUUCCACGCUAGGGAGACUAGACAGCUAUCGCUCUGCUAUGCAGCGGUCUGAAACCAAGGACACCAGCUGCCAGACCGAGGAAGUUAAAGUUGUGCCCCCUUCAAUGAGAAGAAUACGAGCACAGAAAGGACAAGGCAUUGCAGCCCAGAUGUCUCAGUUCUCCAGCUCAUCUGGAAACAUGUCAGUGAUGAGUGAUUCUGCCGCAGUUAUAUUUGCGUCUCGCCAAAAUAGUGACAUGGGUUUUCACAGCUUGCCUCGGGCUGGUGCAAGAGUGUCUAUGCAGUCCCUAGAACAGACACAGAGCAUCUCUAGGCAGACAGAAGACAUUGCUGGCACUUUACCCCACCAGAUAAGUAAACUGCAAGUGGAUGAUGGUGUUGUGCAUCUGAGGAAUAAUCCCACGACAGGGACUGUUUCGCGGCCAAAGUCGCAAGAGGUGAGAAGCUAUGACAGUGAAAAGUCCACGAGCCCAGCAUGCGUGGUCUCUCCUCAUGCCACCUACUCAACGAGCGUCAUUCCCAAUGCAACGCUGUCAUCUUCCUCAGAAGUUAUUGUUAUUCACACUGCCCAGAGUGCUGGAUCAUUGGAUAAUAAAAUGGGCGGCUCUGCUGUGUACCCAAAGCCGAGAGACAAUCCUGUUGCCAGCAAUGCAAUAAGUGGGAAAGAAGAUCAUCAUUCUUCAAGUGGUAACUGGAGUGAGAGUAGCUCCACACGUCACUCGCAGACUUCAGAUACCAUCCCAUCUAACACUGUCAUGAUGCUCUCUCUUGGUGACUCUGCUGUCUCUCUCAGCACUCCUGGAAAUGCAGAGGCUGGAUCUCAGAGUGCAAACUACAGCUGCAGAAACAAUCUUGCUUUACCAAACCAGUCCCAGGACAGCGAUGGUAGGAGUGAAUCUAGCUAUUCAGGGGAGCGAACGCAAGCAGCAGUGAACAGCACAGAGCAUUGGCUGUACAAGUCUGCGGAAAAUAGCGAGACUUCUUCACGCAAGGUGGCUUGUACCACACCAGGCUGUGCCACUCCUGGUAGCAACCUGAGCAGCAGCAGCCUGGAGAGGACGUCGGCCAGAGAAGAUUCUACUUCUCUGUAUUGUGUGGAGCAGGAUGGUUAUUACAGCUCCAUGCCCGUGGACUCUGGGCUGAAGUCAGACAUGCCGUGCAAUAGCACCAAUGGUUUUGGGAACCCCAGAGACAGCGUGAUUAACGUCUUUGAAGGAAAGGAGAAGAAACAUCAGGAUGACCCGUCGGGCCAAGGUGACAAAUCCCUGGUGAGAAACAUUUCUCUAAAGAAGGCAAAGAAGCCACCUUUGCCACCAUCUAGAACAGACUCACUCAGAAGGGUACCCAAGAAAAAAGCCCAGUCCAACGGACAGGUACUUGAUGAAACCCUGAUUGCCACCCUCCAGCAUUCUCUGCAGUUGAAUCUCAAGUGCAAAAACGGCAGCUCCCCUUCCCAGAGCCCCUGCAGUGAUUACGAGGAUCCCUGGGUGCUGCGCUCUCGCAGCCAAAGCUCGGUCAGUGCAAGCAGCAGCAUGAUGUCCACCACCGCUCCAAACCUGUACUCCAUCUGCACCGUCACCCCCUCCCAGAGCGAAACGAGCAGCAUCAAGUCCGAGUAUGCCGACCAGUGGGGUUACUACAGUGACUACACUGCGGUGGCAGAUGACCAGGUAAAGUCCCCGGUGACCCAUUCUGCCAGUACGUCGUCUGCUCUCAGUGAUUACAGCAUCAGCCACUUCAGCGAUGGCUCGAGGGCUUCUGUACCACAAGUGCCCAGUGGACUGGCCAAACCAAAGAGCACUUCUCCGGAGAAAUCCCACCGAGUCACAUCACCAUCCAGUGGGUACUCUAGCCAGUCCAAUACGCCCACUGCGCUUACUCCAGUGCCUGUACUGUUAAAAUCCGCAUCAUCAGGAAAUGGGAAAUCCAAGCUGAAACCUAAAGUGCCUGAAAGGAAGUCCUCUCUUCUGUCUUCAGUCUCCAUUUCUUCAUCCUCCACUUCUCUUUCUUCAAAUACAUCUACUGAAGGGAGCAUGAGCGUGAAGAAAAUGGACCCCACCCCGAGCUCUCCUCUGGAUUCUGGUGCACCUCCUCCAACACCUCCUCUCCCAACAUCUCCUCCACAUUGCCCUGAGCUUUCUCCUCCCUAUCCCCCUCCUCCUCCUCCAGCAGAAGUCAUGGAUCUAGCACUAUCGCCAGCCUCUCCCACAUUUCCCCCUCCUCCGCCAGAAGCUGAUGCAAAUUCUUCCUUUGCCCACAGCGUCCAGUGGUUACCACAAGAAACUUCCAUCACUUCAUUCUCUUCCCCUGUUCUUCCUCCUACUACGUUCCCCUUAGCUGUCCCGCCACCAGCACCACCUCUUGAUCCAACGCUGACAAAGGGUGCAACGAUAUACCCACAGUAUUCUUUUAAGAAACGUAAUCAGGAAGAUCUUUGCUACAGCCCAGUGAAACAGCCCUUCAACAAGCAAGAUGCAUCAAGACCAGUGAUGCCCUUAGUAACUACCAAAGCAUUGCAAAUGGUGCAGCUGAGGUCUGUGAAAAAAGCAACAGAAGGUGAGCCAUCCCCCGAAUCUGCUUCUGAAACCACCUCUCAGGAAAAGGGUACUGUAAGCUCAUCAUCGCAGUCUUCCCUAAAGCCGUCUCUCUCCCUGAGACUCAGUAACAGCUUAGGUGAAGAGGAGAUGAAAACUCAUGGCACUUCAUUUAAAAACUCAGCCCAAACACUGGCUCAGAGUUCUCCUCUGACUCUCUCUGACAACAUACCUGCACUUGACAGUGAUCAAAAAUCUGCAAGUACAGUAGGUCUAAGCAAGUCUAUCGAAGCUGUUUCAGUGGGGACAGCUACCGAAGACACGCCCGAGUCUCCAGUGCAGAGCAAAGACUUCCAUUCUGGCAUGUCACCUCAGGGGUCACCAGCAUCUCCAGACAAGACUCAGGUCGUAUUGCCAAACAAGAAACCACCUCCCAUUUCAAAGAAACCCAAACUGUUCCUCGUUGUACCACCUCCACAGUUAGAUCUUACAGUGGAGAAAAUAGCUGAAGUGAGUGAUACUGUCAGAGGCGCACCAAGCCCAACUAAGAGAGACGCUGUGCUUGCACACUGCGAGGAGGCGAGAAAUUGUCUUACAGAUGGACUCAGCUCUAGCGAGAUGGACUCUGGCAGCCUGGUUCCAGAGGGAGGAGCUGCCGGAGUCACCUUCUCCGAAACAGUGGGAGCUAGUGCCUUUGUGGCACAGCCUGCUGCAUCACCAGUUCAAGAAGAAGCCAGGCAGGAGGAGCAGCCUGCUUUUGACGAAGGAAGCAGUUCAGGCAGCAGCCAAGACAGUGGCAGUAACACUGACGGGCACCUAUCUCAAGAGAACGAAAGCGCCGAGGUGUUUGAGUCGGAUACAGCAAAUAGUUCCUUCCUGCCAAGCAGUAGUUAUGGGGAAGAGACGGACGGAGUGGCAACACCAGCGAGACCAAGGACUACUGAGGAUCUUUUUGCAGCCAUCCACAGAUCCAAAAGGAAAGUCCUUGGCCGUAAGGAUUCUGAAGACGAGCGCACCCGCAACCAUUCUCCAUCACCCCCCGUAACACCCACUGGUGCUUCCCCAACUUUGUCUACCCUCAAACAAGCAGGAUCCAUUCAGAGAAGCAUUCGCAAGAGCAGCACCAGCAAUGACAACUUCAAAGCCCUGCUGCUGAAGAAAGGGAGCCGCUGCGACACCAGCUCCCGCAUGUCAGCAGCAGAGAUGUUGAAGAACACGGACCCGCGGUUCCACCGAGCAAAGACAGACGCCUCCCCUGACCUUUCUGACAGCCCUGCCAGCUGCUCGCCCAGCAAGAGCAAACGGGCCCAGGAGGAGUGGGCCAAGAGCGAGGGCCUGAUGCCAAGGAGCAUGUCCUUUUCUGGCACUAGGUACGGCCGAUCGCGAACGCCCCCCUCCGCUGCCAGCAGCAAGUACAAUGUCCGCAACCGCAUCCAGAGCAGCCCCAUGACUGUGAUUAGCGAAGGAGAUGGGGAAGUGGUGGAGCAGUCAGAGGGCAGGGUCCGAAGGACUUUGGAAGAGCAGCAAGAGAGGCAGCUCGAUAUGUUUAACAGUGAUGAAAUAGACAUGAAUGACUUUCCAUAUGCCGAGGAGCCAGGCUGCAAGGAGACCUUGGAUCCAACCCAUCUAGACUUAAUGACUCAGCCAGGUACUUCGGGGAAUUAUCUAAGUCCUUCAGCUGAAGAAAGUUAAGAGGCUGUGACAGAAGGCAUUGGAUAUUUGUCUAGAAAAUGACAGAGGACUAGAUUCCAGAAGAAAGCCCAGAUCAGGACAAGUUUACUUCACGGAGCAUUUAUUCCAUGAACUGCAUGUGUGUGUUUAAAUGCUGAAGCAAUGAUAGUUCUGCAUGGUUGGGUUGGGGUGGGGAGGACUUGCUUUGAAUGAAUGGUCUGUGGCUUAAAGAAAGUAACAGCUGAAAUUUUUGUGUAAAGCCUUACAAGUCCUCUUGCGGGGUGUGGGGAGGGAUUUUUCUCAGAGCCUGUAGGGGUGUGAAGUUUUUCUUUUUCUUGAGACUGCAAUUGUGCAAGCAAAAUUUAGGAAUAAGCCUGAAAAAGAGGAAUGGGAAGGCUUCUGUGGUACAAGCUGGACGUUUGCUUCAAAAGCAUUGCAUUGGUGCAGCGUAGUGCAUUCGUUAAGCGGAGAGGUAGGACGAGGUGCGUUGACCUGUGAGAGGGUAGUGGAGUUGGUGCUGGGGCUGCAGGGCUUCUUACUCGGGUACGUCCCAGUGUCGGAGCGUGUCCUGCUAAUGCAAAUAGGUCACCGGGUUAAGAGUUGCUCCAGGGUACUUUGUUUUUUCCUGAGGGAAAAUGAAACACGAGUUAACAUGGAAGAGGGAGCGAAGUUUUAUAACACAGUACUAGCUGCUGUGCAGCCACACACGUACACUUGGCGAAACACUCAUUUCCAGGUGAAUUGCUUCCCUGACCAGAGUAUUCCCUUAGAGAACUGGAACAACUGCACGUGUGCAGAGGUUGUGAGCAGACAACAGAGAAGUGGGAGAGAAAUUAAACUGUAUUCUGCUGGGGUUUGGAAAGGUUACGUUUCUGAAUUAUAAAAAAUAAAUAAAUAAAAAUUGAGAACUUGCACUACAGAGCUGUAGGUGGAGCCUGUCUUUCAAAAUUGAAAUUUGGGAGUAACGUUUUGCCAGAAGUCUUUCUUCCAUUUGUCAGAAUGGAAGGGCUAUUACUUUUCAUCACUUGAAAUACAAAUACUUGCUAACUUUUGGUUACCAAAGAAUAAGUUACAGUUACUUUCCUUUUUGAUUUGCCUGCAGUAUUUCUUUUCCUUUUUUAACCUUAAUAAUUUAGUGAGGUUCAUUUUUAUUGUAUAUUUUACAGAAAAUAAAAACAUUAAACAGUUUUCCAAUUGUAAAGAAAACCAUUAAUUAAAACUGAACUAUUGGCUGGAGUUUGGGGUUCUUAGUAGGAGUGAAGCUUUUCAUUUGUAAGAAGAAUUUUUACAUCAUUUGAUGGCGUGAGCAGUUUUUGUAUUGUUUGUAAAUAUUAAAAGUUGUUAAAAUAUCUUUUGAUCUCCCUACCGUAGAAUUUAUACAUUUUUAGAUUGCUUUUAAAAAGAAAAAAGCACUCUUUGUAGAUUAUUUAUUUUAGAGAAAUAUGCUUGUAAUCUCUUUCUUCAAUCCUUUACUUGUUAGUAAUGUAAAUUUCAGGGGCCUUUGUUUAACUCUUCCCUUCACAAGAGGGGAAUAGUGAUGAAAAUGCUGUGACUUUGCUUCAAUAAAGAAAAAGGCUGCCA